GAGCGCAUAAAAAAGCGAAAUUUUUUGAAUUCUCAAGUGGCCGUUUGAGUCCUUUUUUUCGAAAUUUGUUUAAUUUCGAAGAACAGGUGGAAGAGUUCACUUCCUUCCUUCAAUGCAAACAUAAACAAACAGAACCCACUUCGCCAUUUAUCAAACCCAUCUUUCAGAUUCUUAAAACUCCCUUCAAAAUCCCACCAAAAUCCCUAAACAAACUGACCCAAUUUCAGAAUCAAGACAAUGACAGGCAUUGUAAUGGUCACAAGAGGUGGUGGCUGCGGCGGCGGCAGUAAAAUGGUCAAAGGAGGAGGAGGAGCCAAAGCCUCAGUUACUGAUGACCAAAAUCAGCUCUCUGUUGUCCACGUUCUGUUGACGGCUUUAAGGAAAUCAAUGGUUUAUUGCCGUGUUGAUCGUCGGGAAGACCUCAUCUCCACCGUUCAUCAGAUGGAAAUUGGAUGGCCGACAAAUGUCCGACACAUUGCCCAUGUCACUUUCGAUCGUUUCAAUGGCUUUUUGGGACUUCCUGUUGAGUUUGAGGUUGAGAUUCCCAGUUCUGUUCCCAGUGCCAGUGCCAGUGUGUUUGGGGUCUCAGCUGAAUCAAUGCAAUGCUCCACUGAUUCCAGAGGAAACAGCGUACCGACGAUACUUUUGCUAAUGCAAGAUCGCUUGUAUCGUCAAGGAGGUCUCAAGGCUGAAGGGAUUUUUCGGAUCAACCCAGAGAAUAGCCAAGAGGAGCAAGUAAGGGACAAAUUGAAUAGAGGGAUUAUACCUGAAAACAUUGAUGUCCACUGCUUAGCUGGCCUAAUUAAAGCUUGGUUUCGAGAGCUUCCAUCUGGAGUGCUCGAUGGACUCUCACCUGAGGAAGUUCUACAGUGUAACACUGAAGAGGAGUCGGUCGAGCUUGUUAAGCAGUUAAAGCCAACUGAGGCUGCCUUGUUGAGUUGGGCUGUGGAUCUUAUGGCUGAUGUUGUUGAGGAAGAAGAUUCCAACAAAAUGAAUGCGAGGAAUAUUGCUAUGGUUUUUGCUCCAAACAUGACUCAGAUGUCUGAUCCAUUGACGGCUUUAAUGCAUGCUGUUCAAGUGAUGAACCUACUCAAAACACUGAUUAUGAAAACUUUACGAGAGCGGGAAGAGGCUGCUUCGGGAGGAUAUUCACCCAUGUCAUCUCAUUCUUCUGAUCAACAAAUGAAUGAAGAUUUUGAUAGUCAGGAUGACAUGGAUACUGGUGAUGAAUCGAGAGGGCCAAACUCUGACGUUGAGAAUGAUGUCAAUGAUUACAAUCACAGCAGUGAAGAUGGAGAUGAAGAUGAGGGGUCAUUAAGUGAGAUAGAGGAAUGCUUCUUGAGGCAGUUGGAUGAAACCAAAAGUGAAUCUUGCAGGUCUUCAGCAGGACAAGAAGGUGAUUUAGAUAUAGAUUUGUGUCCAAGAAGCUGCUCAAGAUUUAACACCGAGUCUAGUAUAUCGUUCACUGAUAGUAAAAAUGAAAACUCAUGCCUUAGUAGUACUAGUGAUGGAGAAGAUUCGAGGACGAGUUUGCACGAAGACGAGGGACAAAGCAUUCAUAAAGAAGUCCUCCCCAUAGCAUGUAAAAACUUCAUUGACAUUCAGAUGGAUGACAAAAUGAGGGAACCAGUUUCGUCAACGUCCAUGGUCGUUGCUUCUAACGAAUCAGUCUAACAGCUCUCGAUGAUGACAGUAUUUCGAGAUAUGCUUUCUUUGUAGUAGUUCAAAGUGAUGCUUGCUUUUCUUUCUUUUUUUUUUUUUGUAUCAUAGCACGACAUUUAGCGAGAGGCUUUGACUGGAAAAAAAAAAGUAGAGAGGAUUGCUUGUUUUUGUGUGUUUUCGUGAUUCCUAAAGUUUAGCUCCGAGCUGAACGCAUUUCAUCCAUUCCUGUUGUAACCGAAACGAAGUUAACCUUGAAAAUUCUCUUGCAAUUGAACUGUGUUAUUGCUUAUUGUGGAUGUAUUUGCAGUUUCAUAAUGUUACCAAACUCCAUCAUGUCUUAGAUAACUUUGGUGUAUAAGAUUUCACCGAUAAUUUCCAGGUUCAAUUUCUAUUACAAAAGUUAGAAAAGGAAGAAUCCACUCGAAGAGGGGCUCGAGUUCAUUUAGUUAUUUGGUGAGACAAUAGCUUACCAAGACGAUAAUUAGCCACACUGGAAGGGGGAGACACAACCAUGAUUCUGAGCCACUUUGAUAAUAACAUCACAUUUUAAAGGUCCAAUAUCUACUGCAAGUUAAAUAUUCUCUUUUGAGUUCAAACUAUGACAGCCGCUUACCCAAUAAAUACAAUCAUAGGGGAGGGAGGGAGGAAGUUGCAGACUUCGAUUGUAAAUUUUUCCUAUAAGAAAAAGUUAGAAUUUAGUUCCUAUCGUUUAUAACAAUAAUUCCUACGGUAGAGAUUGUUUAUUAAGAUUUUAUCAAACCAUAAGAACUAUUCAUGAUGUACUAUCAUUUUAAUCUAAAUUUGCAUUUUUUCCAAUUUAAAAUCUACCAUUUUUUAUGGGUUCAACUUGAACAGCCACCCAUCCUGAGAAAUCUAAAGCAUCAUAAAUGAACCCAGAAAACAAGGCAAGAAGAAGUAUGUCAAAAUUAUGAAGCAAAAAACAGUCUUAAAUGGAUCAUUCAAAUCCAUUUCUUAUUUUCAUGUACAUUUUUUAACAUCAAACAACAAGAAGAAAAGUAUAUUAAAAAGAAAAAAAGAAGUUUCCUUCUUUUUUCUUUAGCACAAACCUUUCAAUAUUUCAGAAAUGAGGUUGGAAAAAAUGGGCACAUUAAAAAUAAAAAUAAAAAAAAAAAAAAAAAAGAAAAAAAAAAGAAGAAAAAAAUUG